GGCAGAAGGGACUGGUUUGAACAGGAAGUAACAGCUGAUAAACCCGGCUCAACAGAGCAUCGAUUAAGUCGAUCGAGCGAAGCGACUUCGAAGUGCCCAGUACUUUAAUGCGCCCUCGCGAUAGCCGUUGCAGAUAGGGGCAUCAUAUAGUCGAAGUGGAGCGAGCCAUGCUGAGAGUCUGAGGUCGUCAACCGUGAGGGAAAAGCGCCGAAAUGAGCAAAUGAAUCAACAACACAAGCUGAUUUUGAUGAUUUUAACAUGGGGAGCGGUAUGGAGUUCGUCAAGGGUUAUACAAAAUGGCAUACGAACAUUGGAGACGGCGUCGAUCUGGAGUUGUGUUCGCCGACUGGAUUGCCGCCCUGUUCACCGCCAGGCGGCCGACAAACGUCAGCGGUUACUACAUCCCCUUGUAGUUAUGGGCCAUUUGCACCGACCACUUCGUCCCAGGAGCACUGGCUUCAGGGCGGAAAAGGCCUUCUUAUAAAGGUUCUAGCUGUGGCCUGCGUAUUCAGCGUAGGGUUAGUCCUUGGUUACGGCGGGGCUCGCAGAGGAUCUCAGCAGCGAUUAGGUCCCUCUGAGGCGUUUUCGUUAAGAUCCCCAUCGGGCCCAUGUAGCCCUCUUGGCGUAUGGCCUUCUUGGUAUGCAAACGACCACAAGGAGCGGCGGACUCGUCUCGUGGACAAACUCGUCCAAUCAAUCAGUCAAGAUCAACUAGAAGGCUGGCUAUGGACUAUGACACAGGACUUUCACGUAGCGGGAUCAGAAAAGGGUACGCAGCUUGCAGGGAAGAUCCGCGCCGCGUGGUCGAGUUGGGGCGUGCGAGCCCGGGUGGAAACCUUUCGGCCACUGCUGUCCUAUCCCGACAUGGAGCGCGCCAAUGAAGUCCGAAUCACCAGAGGCUCCCGAGUGCUAUUUCAGUUCCACUCACUAGCCAGCCCCCUGGAGAGUCAGCUGGAAACACAUCCGUACCUGGCGUAUUCAUCACCUGGAAAAGUCCGAGGCAAACCGGUCUACGUCAAUUUCGGCCUCGCAGAAGAUUUUGAAGUAUUGAAAACUCGUGGAGUUACACUUAAUGGAACAAUCGCUAUUAUGAGAUACGGCAGAGGACAAGCUCUUGACGCUAAGAUUCGGCGUGCUGAAGAGAACGGCAUACAGGGUGUACUUUUAUACCGUGACCCGUUCGAUUGGGAACCGGUGGAAGGCAUUAUUGAAGAAGACGUCAAGAGAUCUAUACCACUGGACGCUAUUGAGCGCGAUUGUUUGAAAAGCUUUCCAGGAGAUCCCGUAACCCCUUUCUUGCCAGCUACCGAUGACAUGUUUCGUCUUCCAAGAGCUGACCUGAAAUUGCCUGGUCUGCCAGUGCAGCCAAUCAGCGCACUCGACGCUCAAAAUCUUCUCAAAGGAAUGGGUGGUCCAGCUGCACCAAUCGAAUGGCAGGGUCGUCUCAACAUCUCGUACGCAAUUGGUCCCGGAUACAAGGACGCCGCUGAAGUAGAGGUGCAGCUAUCGUCUUUUAAUCUCUUCCGCGAGAUGUCAAUCCACGACACCAUUGGCGUCAUCCCUGGUACACACCAGCCAGGUCGAUAUGUUAUCAUUGGCUGCCAUCACGACUCGUGGACGCGCGGCGCCGGGGACCCCGGCUCGGGAAUGGCUGUGCUAAUGGAGGUUGUUCGAGUUUUAUCAGAACUGGUUACUCUGGAGGGAUGGCGACCUCAACGAACGCUGUUGUUCGCUGCUUGGGACGCAUCUGCAUUUGGUCAAGUGGGAAGCACCGAAUUCCUUCAAAAGCAUCGCGCCGAGUUGGCGUCGCGUACCAUCGCAUAUGUUGGCCUCGAUCAAGCUGUAACCGGUAACCGAACGCUUCAAGUGAUGGCCAGCCCUUUGCUCCGACAAGCGCUAAGUGAGGCAGCGGAACAGAUUCCGGGCCUCGGCCUAGAUGAAGAAUUGACCUUCAGUAUAGCUGCUAAAGGCAAACCCUACGGCGGCAGCAACAGCAGCAAGAAAGCUAGUCGCCAUAGCGAAAGCGAGGGAUCUACCAGACACACUUCCAGUAGUAGUAAGCCACCGUCGCGCUCUCGGAACGGCGAGAGCUUGCUGGCUCAAUGGGCCCGUGCAAGACCCUCUGCUCAUCUGGCAUCACGGCGUGGCCUCGUGCCAGAAAUUUUGCCACCAGCGGGGGGCGCUGACUUCACGGUGUUUACACAGCUUCUCGGCGUGUCAGUAGCGCGCGCGCGUUUCGUAUCUCGUGACGGAGAUGCCGACUACCCGGCAGCACGAACGGCGUACGACGAUUGGCACGUGGUUGUCAAUGUGACCGAUCCAGGGCAGCGCGCCAUGGCUGCAUUAGCCCAGCUAAUAGCCACUGUCGCACUUGAGCUUGCUGAUAGUCCACUGCUACCUAUGAAGGCUACGGAUUACGCCGAUCAGAUAUCCGUCGACUUUGGCCCAUUUCAAAGACAGCAUGGAGACUUUUUUCGAGCUAACCAUAUUCGAACGGACCCCCUUAACAAGGCUGUCAGGGAAUUCGCUAAAGCCGCCAAUGAGUUUCAAGACUACUUCGACAGCUCCGCCGCUUCGCAUGAUCAUAAUAUACUGACAGUCAUUCAAGAAUACAACGAGAGGAUACUACAGCUUGAAAGGAGCUUUUUAUUACCUCCGGCAUAUCCGAGACACCAUAGUUCCAGACACUUACUGUAUGGUCCAGACGCGGAUGACACGACCAGGGCGAACAUCUUCCCGCACCUAAGCCGCGCCAUUCGAACCGCCCGAGUUCGUCCUGUCGGGCCCGCGCUCAAUUUCGUUCGGGAGAACGUGUCGUUGGUGGUUAAUGCUCUGAGAUCUGCCACGGGAAUCCUGCAACGAAGCCUGCUCAGAGAUGAACAAAGCAUUCAAACAGACACAGAACCCAGAACUGAUGGCUCUUUGUAAGAGAUGCAAAAGGUUUCUUCGUUGGGUUUGCGAUUUGUUUUGUUUCGUCAGUGCGACGUAUGCGCGUUCAAGAAGAAUGACUAGCGAUGAUCACACUCCAUUCGUUAGGCACGUUUCUCUAACGCAACGAUUGUUUACGUCGAUCUGUAUCAAGUAUAUAGUAUUAUUAUAAUGAAAAAGUUGUUUUUAUCACCGGGUGUUCGCUGAACUUACAAAUGGUCCUUACAGAGGUAUUAAUUAACAAAGAAAACUAACAACCGACGCUUUCCCUCCGAAGAUUUUUGUCACGUCCAGCGUCGCCGAUGCGGCCCUGCUUAGUGGAUCUGUAAAGAUGAUCGUCGGCAGUCUUCUGGCGUAACGGUGAAAAAUGCUGAGGUUUUGAACGAGCGGUUGAGCAGAUGAGGGCUAUUACGCAGGAAAUAAACAUGUUUGCAAUGAGAUCCGAUUUGCGUUGCACACUAUUUCUUAACCUCUUCAAAUAAAAAAAAAAACAAUUCCACAACGUAUGUUAGUUACUAUCGUGUGCACUUAGUGAAUCGAUGUUCAUUGUAUAUUUAUUAUUAAUUAGAACUGUUGCUACAUCGAUAUGGUUAAUGUUUGUAACUUUCAUUCGUUGCCGAUUCAUUUAACUUGAAUUACGUUCUAGCGUUGUCAGAUUUCUGAACGUUUUUAAUAAUAGUAAAUAAUAACGUGAAUAAUAAUAGUAAAAUAUAAUGCAGUUUCUUUUAGCUUACCUAUGUAACGUAUCCGGAUAUGUAGUUACGUCUGUUUCUGUUUCUAGUCCUACAGAUAGGUAACUUUGUUCUAUAUUCAAUUGUAAAUGCUAAAUUGAAUCAUGUACCCAACAACGUCGAUCGUUAGGACUGUUGAUGGGUGUGCGAAACUGAUGCUCUUACCCAUAGCAAAUAGACACAUCCAUAGGUCUGCCGUUGAGCUACGUAUAUACGCGCUCAUAACAUCAACCCGAAUAAGCGAAAUGCCGUAUGGUGCACUAUGUCCCUUUUUACGUGCCGCUUGGGAAAGUACGCAGCAAAAAUGUCUCGUCCAUUUCUGAUGACAUGCUUUUCUCACAGUGCGUUAUCCGUCUGUUGAUACACGUACAGUUGCGUUCGUUCGUGCAGUUAUUGUUGACUCCACACCUGUGCGCUUCUCAACCGGAAAGCCGGAAGAACCGGAAGCCACAAAGGAGGAGGCGAAUGGCUGCUUCAUGGAGCAAGGGGGGGGGGGCCUGGAGCGCCCAACCCGGGCCGUCUGCCGGCACACGGAUCCAUCGAAGUAUGAAGCUGGAAAGAACGUACAAGCAGUACCUCAGCUUCGAGAAAAGGCUGCUUCUCUACGCAGUGUCGACUCAGCACUGGAAAUCGAUGGCAGCUUUUUUGAGCCAAUCCGAUCGGCACACAUAAAUGGGAAGACAGCAAAAAUAAUAUUAAUUAACUAAUCUAUAAUAACACAAGUUCAGCAGUGACGUCUGAUACGAUAAAGCGUAAAUCAUUUUCGGACAACGUCGUACACGUUAUAAUAUAGCUUGUGAAUAAUGAGUCCUUACUAUAUGUAACAAUAGAGCAGAAAACAAUGUCCCUAGCAUUUUAGCAAUCGGUAUAAACUGAAAUUGAUCAUGAUACUUGCUAUAUAAUAAAACAAAUACUUUCCAGGUAUAGAACACAAUUCGCUAACGAACGAUUAUAUAAGGGAAGUUGAACAUAUCGUCUGCUGAUGUAAAGAUAGAAAAUUUCGACAAGGUCCUAGUGAAUGAUUCCGAAAGCGUGGGACCGAUUAGCAAUAGUACCUAUUUGCAGGUUGGAGAUUUUUAUUGUAAUUAACGAAUUUGUCGAAAUAACGAACUAACGGCUUAUGAAAGGUAACUUCUGGAUGGCAAUUUAUCGUCCCUUGCCAGCUCACCCACAUCUGCUCUUUGCAGAGUAAGGUAGUCAACGCAAUAACGUCCCUCCCCUAAAAUUGUUAUCAAAACCCGCUAAAAACAAAAAAAGAAUAUAUAUAUAUAUAUAUAUAUAUGUAUGUAUGUAAGUCGAAUAGAAAAAACCUUAACAGAGAACAGAAGUAAUCGGAAAAGAGACAAACCUAUUCAAUUUGAAAAAUACAACAAGGAAUUGAAGUUGGUAUACGUGGCCUGCAGGUAACUUGUGUUAUGACAGCUUGGCCAAAAUUCGUGUUCAGAUAAUAAAACGUCAGGGAGAUCUGCGUAAAAAAAUUGUUGUGUCGUAGCAAUUCUAACAAGCGUCCUAUAAAAAUCUGGAUAUAGGUCCUAACAAAUACAGGUAUUUGGCGUGCCGAGUAAGGACGAUAUGCGUAGAUUCAAAUAUCGAUGUCUUCAUGGACGUAUAAUACGCUGACAAAAACGACCGUCACUGCUACAGUGGAUAUUAACAUAAUAAUGAGAAGAAGCCUGUCAUCUUACAGAAGA